AUGGAAACGGAUGCCUCUAGUCAAGAGGACAGCCUUGAUAAUCUCAGUGAUGAUAUAAUUGAAAUCUUGGAUGAGACACCUCCAAACGAAAAGGCCAGGAAGGCAAUUUCAAGGAACAGGACUUCAGAAAUCAACCAAAGCAAAAUUGAAAUUUCUGAGCAAAUAUCUGAAGAAGACACCAUGGGAACAAGAAUUUUCAACAAAGUUAAAUGUGUGAAUUCUGAGCAUAGACAGAAAAACGUAUUAGCUGCCGUGGAAAAGAACAGAGCUUUGGAUGUUGCCAGAUCUUUCAAAUAUGAUAAUCCCUUUUUCACGUUAGUCAUGCAGCGUUCAUAUAUCGGUUCUGGUUGUUACUUGUCAAUGCCAAAAGACUUUGCUGCAAAACAUUUGAAGGAAGAAUGUGUUGUGCAACUUCAGACCUUGGAUGGCAGAACUUGGCCUGCUAAGUUUAAAGUUCCUAAAAUUGGAGAAGGCUGGAGGAAGUUUGUGAAGGAAAAUGGUUUGAAAGUGGGGGAUGUUUGUGUAUUUGAAAUCAUUGAUCUCUCAUUCAAAGUACAUAUUUUUAGAGAUGCUGAAAAAGGAGAUCUGAAAGUUAAUGCUUUUGAAAAGGAGCAGAGCAGCUGUAUGCAAGAUCCACCUCUUGAAAGGAGAGCUCUUCCAUAUCUGAAAAUCCUCGUUUUGUGGCUUUGA